AUGACGAGCAACAUUCAUGAAGAUCCUAAGCCAGACGGCAAGGCCUUUGACGACUUUUUCGACAGUAUAGGCAAAAAGGCAGAGCAUCUCACCUCAAACGAGCAAAAUGGAGACGUUUUUGCGCCCGCCACCAGCGGCGCUGAGCCAAAUUCCACUACGCAACCUCUAGUAGAGGAGGACGAUCAGAAGAUAGUCGACGAGAUCGAGAGUUUAUGCAUGAAUUGUCGCAAAGAUGGAACCACCCGCCUACUCCUAACGCGCAUUCCCUACUUCCGCGAAAUCAUAAUCAUGUCCUUUGAAUGCCCACAUUGCCACUUCAGAAGUUCCCAAAUCCAGCCCGCAGGAGAAAUUCAACAGAAAGGGUCCCGAUUCGAGCUCCGUCUUUUAGAGCUCGCAGACUUCGGACGACAGGUUGUCAAAUCCGACAACUGCAUAGUCAAAUUCAUCGAACUCGAUAUCGAAAUCCCCCCAGGGCGUGGGCAGUUAACAAAUGUCGAGGGGCUACUUAGCAUGAUACUCGAAGAUCUAGCAUUGCAACAAGAUGAGAGAAAGGAGCAGAUGCCGGAAGUAUGGGCGAAGAUUGAGGAGAUCCUAGCAAAGGGCCGGAAAAUGUUGGCCGGAGAAAGUUUCCCCUUCCGCUUAUCCGUGGACGAUCCAUCAGGCAAUUCGUGGAUAGAGCCAGAUCAGAAGGAUGGCGUGGGCAAAUGGCGGAAGGUCGAAUACUUACGGACGCCAGAGCAGAAUGAAGGAUUAGGCAUCGGGGGCGGCGAGGAAGAAAUACCCCCACCUCAAACCACUGUAUCGGGCCAACCCACGUUGGCAAACUUCGAAAACGAUGAUAUUGCCCCGGACGAAGUAUACUCCUUCCCUGCAUCCUGUCCCGGGUGUACACGACCCUGUACAACGCACAUGAAAAUGGUCGACAUUCCCUACUUCAAGCAAGUGAUCAUCAUGAGCACUGUGUGCGAGCACUGCGGCUACCGCUCCAACGAAGUCAAAACCGGAGGAGCAAUUCCCGCCUUGGGCAAGAAAAUCGUUCUCAGAGUCGAAACACCCACUGAUCUGGCACGUGAUAUCCUGAAAUCCGAAUCCUGCGCCCUCGAAUGCCCAGAGCUGAGUCUCUCUGUCAACCCGGGGACGCUUGGAGGCAGAUUUACGACCGUCGAGGGGCUCCUUACGAAUAUCAGGGAUGACUUGCGCCAACAGAUCUUCGAUGUCGGUGAGAAUGCCGGAGGCGGAGACUCCCUACAGUCGGAUGUGAAGAGCAACUGGGAGAAGUUCUUCGAUAACAUUGGAGAAGCAAUUAAGGGCGAUAAGAAGUUCACAGUUAUACUGCGAGAUCCAUUGGCUGGCAGUUAUGUGCAAAAUCUGUGUCUACCAGACAAGGAUCCGCAGAUCGACGAGGAGGAGUAUAAGAGGACAGUGGAGGAGGAAGAGGAUUUGGGUUUGGCGGAUAUGAGGACCGAGGGAUAUGAGGAAGAUGCUGCGAAGGAGGCCGCAAAGGAGGCUGAGAAGCGCGUAGAAGAGGGGAAACAAGUGGAUGUCAGUAACGGUUGA